AUGUCUUCACCUAAGCUCACUGCAUCAGAGCCCAAGGACACUGAAUGCAGUAUAACAUGUGAUGUCCAAGGAUCCGAAGAGCAAAAUAUCACAUCCUCGACACGCGUUAACCACAUUGACCAAGUGUGGUCCAACAUCUUUUUGGGAGACAAGUAAGUAAAAUUACAUAACAUAAUGGACACUGACCUACAAUAGAAAGAUACAAUGUGACAAACAAUAUGACAAGUCUUGUGCACUUAUAGUGGCAGCAAUUUUGAGAUUGUAGCAGUCUUCAGUAUUAAAUUCUCUCUGCUAAGGUUCAGGAUGUAGGUUAGUACAAUUCAAUGUAUACAGAUUCCUUGUUUAUUUAAUAUUAAGUAUUAAAGUAUAUAGACUAUGCAAUAUGAAUAUUCUGGCUUACACUGGCUAGGCGACACAUUCUCCUUUUAUCAUAAAGACAUCUAACUGGGGGAGGCAUUUGAGUUGUAAAACUAAUUUAGCAGAUAUAUGCUUACUUUACAUGUCCUUCAAAAAGAGUGCUGGAAGAACAUGUUUAUUAAGAUAUUUAGGGCAAGUUUGAGCAUUUCCGAGACUAUAUAUUUUCUUGUCUAUUCUCUAACCGACCACUGUAAUGAUUGAGGUUGAUCAAUUACCAACCCUAGUAUCUCAGGUGUGUUAGUGAGGAGCAUAAGUGUGGAGUGGCUGUAUUGCCAUAGACAUGGGCAUAUGUAAACUGACUUAAUGGUGAAACUUGUUCGCCCUUGCAUUUGGGUAAAUGCAUUGUGUAUACAUGUAUCUUCUUGUCCCCACCCCCCCACCCCCCCUUUCCUUAUGUACUCCCUACCUAGUAUUGCUGUAAUAUUGUGAAAAUAAUUAAAAUUGUCAAAUUUUUAAAAAGUGUAAUUCUCUCAAUAUACAGAGAAGCAGCCAAAAACACAGCCCUUCUACAAGACCUAAACAUUACUUAUAUUUUGAAUGCCGCUGAAGGUGAUGCGAAUAACCAACUGGACAGGACAACUUACGAUAAUCUAUCCAUCAAGUACAAGGGGUUUAUGGUUCUUGAUGACCCACGCUUUAACAUCAGGCCCUACCUAGAAGCUGGUGCCCUUUUCAUCAAUGAAGGAUUGUCCUCUAGUGGUAGGUAAUCAUUUCUGGUAGAACGGGAUAAACAGGAUCCUCUCAGGAAAACAAAAGAAAUAACAUUAACAACUAAAUAACUUACAGGUGUGGUGCACAAUAGGUCUAAAAACUGCAUGUGAAUAUUCCUUAGAGAUUCAUUGCUCCAAACCUAUCUACCGCUAAAAUUAUUAUUAAUUUCCUCACAAGCAGCCAGCAGACAAACUGCUAAAAAAAAAAAGUUGAAAAGAAAAUAUAUGAAGUAUAUGUAAACAAAUGAGAAAGACUCAUCCCUACCUUUAGUGUAUGACAGGAUACUUCAGCCAUAUACAUGCACCUUGAAUCAGACAUUGAAAACCAACAGUUAGUCUCUAUGGUCUUCCCUGCUUGUAUGUAGGGAGUGAAGCAGGGAAAACCAUAGAGAGUAACUCAAUUUUAUUCACUCAAAUAAUUGCCAGGAAUUCAAAGUGAGUUUUAAAUUCUAGGGCAAAAUAGCCAAACUGAAAGCAGAAUUGAUUUAGGGAUUUUAUCCAAUUUGGCAUUAUUUGCAAAACUUUUGAAAUUCCCUUUGAAUUCAAUUAAAUUCCUGGCAAUCCUCACUCUAGUGCAGUGGUAGUCAACCUUUUUCUACCUACCGCCCACUAAUGCAUCUUUCUUGAUGGAAAAAUUUCCUUACCGCCCACCAGUUUUUGCACAAGUGCAGAAUAUUGGUUAAGACACAGUGUCAGGAUGGCCGAGCGGUCUAAGGCGCCAGACUCAAGAUCAACUUCUUACACAAUAUUGGAGUUCUGGUCUCCACAUGGAGGUGUGGGUUCAAAUCCCACUUCUGACAGCUUUUGACCGUAUCUUCCGAAGGAUAUUGAUACCUUAGAGAGGGUUCAGAGAAGGGCUACUAAACUAGUUCAUGGAUUGCGGGAUAAAACUUACCAGGAAAGGUUAAAGGAUCUUAACAUGUAUAGCUUGGAGGAAAGACGAGACAGGGGGAUAUGAUAGAAACAUUUAAAUACAUAAAGGGAAUCAACACAGUAAAGGAGGAGACUAUAUUUAAAAGAAGAAAAACUACCACAACAAGAGGACAUAGUCUUAAAUUAGAGGGACAAAAGGUUUAAAAAUAAUAUCAGGAAGUAUUACUUUACUGAGAGGGUAGUGGAUGCAUGGAAUAGCCUUUCAGCUGAAGUGGUAGAGGUUAACACAGUAAAGGAGUUUAAGCAUGUGUGGGAUAGGCAUAAGGCUAUCCUAACUAUAAGAUAAGGCCAGGGACUAAUGAAAGUAUUUAGAAAAUUGGGCAGACUAGAUGGGCCGAAUGGUUCUUAUAUGCCGUCACAUUCUAUGUUUCUAUGUUUCUAAGAAAGGAGGGUGUGUUAAAAAAAAAAAGUAUGUACAUUUAUCUUUUUAUUUCUACUUUAUGCAUGUUUAUAAUGUUUUUAACCCCUUCAGGACGGAGUCAAUAGUACACGUUCUGAUCAAAACAAAACGUAACGAAAACUGGAAUUUGCGCUAUACGUCUGUUCAACCAUAAUUCAUCGCUGUCACAUUAAGUGCACCCACACUUAUUAUAUAUCAUUUUGUUCAGGAGAAACAGGGCUUUAAUUUAUCAUUAACUAUUCAUAUAUGGAACAUAAUUUAUUAUGAAUAAAAUGUAAAAAAAUGUGAGAAAAUAAGAUUUUUUUUUAAAUUUGUAUUUCCGUCUGACAUUUUAGCUGUUAAUGUCAUAAUACUGUUUUUACUGCAAAAAAAAUGCACAUAUUUGUAAUCAGCGAUGUCUCACGCGGACAACAGUACCCAUUAACAGGUUUUAAGGUGUUUAGGAAAGUUACAGGGUCAAAUAUAGAACGUUCCAUUUUCAAAUUGAAAUUUGCCAGAUUAGUAAUGUUACUUUUGAGAAGGUGUGGUAGUCCAGGAAUGAGAAUUACCCCCAUAAUGGCAUAGCAUUUGAAAAAGUAGACAACCCAAGGUAUUGAAAGUGGGGUAUUUUUAGUCUUUUUUAGUAGCCACUUAGUCACAAACACUGGCCAAAGUUAGCGUUCAUAUUUGUUUUUGUGUGAAAAAGCAAAAAACUAAUAUUUGGCCAGUGUUUGUGACUAAGUGGCUACUCAAAAAGAUUGGACAUACCCCACUUGCAAUACCUUGGGUUAUCUACUUUUGCAAAUGGUAUGCCAUCAUGGGGGUAAUUCUCAUUCCUGGGCUACCAUACGCUCUCAAAGGUAACAUAACCAAUCUGGCACAUUUCAAUGUCAAAAAAAUGAAAUGCAAGCCUUAUAUGGGAACUCUCUAACAUUCCAAAACACCAUAAAACUUGUACAUGGGGGGUACUGUUAUUCUCGGGAGACUUCACUAAACACAAAUAUUAGUGUUUUAAAACAGUAAAACAUAUUACAACAAUAAUAUAGUCCAUAAAAGUGCCAUUCGUUUGUAAAAAAUGCAAAAAACGUCACUUUUACUUAAAAUAUCAUCAUUGUAAUACAAUGUAUCAUUUUGAAACACUAAUAUUUGAGUUCAGCGAAGUCUCCCAAGUAAAACAGUACCCCCUAUGUACAGGUUUUAUGGUGUCUUGGAGAGUUAAAGGGUCAAAUAUAGUGCUUGCGAAUUGUAGAUUAUGCUAGCUUUAGUGUACCUAUAAUCUUAAUUUUAUUAAUGACAGGAAUUUGCUUAAGUCUCUCUUUACUAGAACUCCACAGCAGCACAGAAAAACAACCAAUCAGAAAAAAGUUAGUUACUAUAAAACUCCCCUCCCCAUGCAUCAUUUCCUCUUUUAAGCUGUGACAAAAACAGAAUAAAAGGAAGAAAACAUAAUGGGGAAGAAACAAAGUCCUACAUACAAUGAAUACAACAAUGUCAACCAUCCGAGAAGAACUGCCAAACCAGAUAGCGUUGAUGGACUGUGAACUGAAACGAGAGAAAAACAGAAUCGAACAGGUUGAUUAUCCAAUGAAAUGUACUCUGAAUAAACAUGUAGGUACCCAAUGUAGCAACCAAAGGUACCUUAAUAUGUAGAUAUCCCAAACAUACUUAUGAAAAAACAGACAUAAGAACAGGCAACAGGUAGCAGAGACAACAAGCAGAGAUGCAUACGUACCUGAUUAUUCCAAACUAUUAAAAUUAAACAAGGGAGGGAUAAGAAUGGGUGGGAAAUACUCACCUCCUGUCAUUAAUAAAAUUAAGAUUAUAGGUACACUAAAGCUAGCAAAAUCUACAAUUUUAUAACAUGACAGGAGGCUUCGUAUUUGCUGUUUUAACGUUCAAUCAACAAAUCCAACGCUCUUUGUUUCGCUGGUACCUAUUCCGGGAACUAUCCGAGCAAUCCUAAAUGGACUUUCCAACUGAGAUAAAUGACAAUAGACCGAUCGUUGAAGAUGCCAGUUGACGAAGCAUCCCAAAUACGGAAAAAAACACCAUCCGCUGAUAGAUCCAUUGUACGUGGGGUUGCAACCUGUUUCCUACCAGCCAGUCCAUGAGCUGCCAAGCUGACCUAUUAGCCAUUUCCCUGUAGUUAUAAAAUGUCGAAGGUCAUUUGCGGACUUAGGGCCGCAAUAAGACACUGCCACCAUGUCUCAUCUCUUGAUGUGUAAGGUGGUUCCACCGAUCGUGCCCAGGUCACCCGGCGAUGUGGCCUUGCAGGCAGAUCUUCAAUCUCAAGGAAUGCGCCUAAGUCCACCAAUUCUGCAAUAGAACCGAGUAGGAUCUUUCGUUCCCUGAUGGCCUACCCGGUGAGAUGUCUCAUCCGAGAAUACAUUUAUUAUGCAGGCAAGAGUGUGGCAAACUAGCUCUAUCCAAAGUGAUUCCAAUAUUCCAACUGGACUUUUUUAUCCACAGCUGCGGUAGAGAAAGGACUCCAAAAAUGACGUCCAAUGAGGGUCCCAAACUGAACUUAUGUGGUGGAACGGUGGUCGACUAUUCUGGAAAUAGCGGGUCCCGGAAAUAUUCAAAGGGAUGGGAAACGUAAACCGGAGUUGAGAUUCCCAUCCAGAUGUCAACGUCUAAGAGUGAUGAGAUGUACGGAUCCAAUGGCAAUUGGGAUCUGUAUAACAACGAAGAGUCCUCACGUGCUGUAGUGAGAGAGUGAAAUAGUCCGAAUACCUGUCGUACGAUCCUGUUCCAUGCCCGACCUGUCAAAAUUCGUGUAGGGGUUCCUGGUAUACACGCCACCUACAAGAUAGGGUAUAAUAUAGUGAGACCCUUAGGUCCCUGUACCCCUGACUGUCCGGGCAUGUAUCUCCCAGAGUAGACCCUAGGUCAAGGGACCCAGGAAUGUGAUUUUGAUAAUUGAAGUCAAAGUCUCCCUAUAGAGGGAUACCUCCCUUCUUAGCUUGCAGUUCCGUGAACACGUAGCGUUCUCCAAUACGCAGGCAAGGUGUAAAGUCCGUUCGCUCAUGACAGGUGACUCCAGAGAGCAGAUAUAGCGAAAAAAGAAGGGUCUAGCUUCAGCCGACCGAAACAUGUGUUGUCCCGUUUGAGAAUGUCGGCAGCCGUAUCUGAGUCUGCUACACAUCCUGAGCCGUACUCCAGUGGUAGAUUGUGACCCGACUUUGACGUCUGUGUAGGAGUCGGGGCACACCAGGUUCCUCCAUAGAGUCUCGCAGGUCUCCUUGAUGGUAGUUGAAAAGGUGGGUUAGCGCAAACCCAAACCAAAACGGCUCCCAUGAGGGAUAUAUAGAGUAUAGAGGGCCCUCCAUCUCUCCAGGUAUGUGCUCAGAGGAGUAGGGGCAGGCCUGCCAUCUUAUCCCAAGAUUGUAAUGACCAGGGAACACAAGAUGACCGGGGUUUCCGGUCUUACCAUGCGAUCCAUGCAUAUGGUGUACUUUCAGACCAGGUAGUAGGCCUUCCCUAGUCUUGUUACCCAAGCAAGGCAGUGCCCGUUUGCUCCAUGAAGGUCUCCGUAUCUCAUGUCAUCUUGAUAUGGGAAAACUGUCUGCACAGUUUGUUCGCAAUGGUCCAGAUAUCCAAAACAGAAUGCAAUUCUCUGUUUUAUAUAGCGCAGAAUAUACCAAAACCUGCACUCUUGUAAUACCUGAGGCUCACCCGUUAGCCGUAUCGUCUCCAGGAGUGUGUGUAAAUAAGUGGGAGUCUACCCCCGUUAUACCUCUGUAAGUAUUUCUUGCGUGUGGUACAGUGGUCCGGAUCCAGUAGAUCCAUUACAGGAGAUAAAAUAGAGGAAUCCAGUCUAAAUAUGUAUAUCCUGCAUGAUCAGGCAGCCCUCUAUAAGGAAAUCAGUAGCACUGUCAUUAGAUCUAAUUGAAUGCAUGAGGGACGCCCCUCUAUGCAGUCAUCGAGGUCUUGUACAGGUACUAGCCUGUGGGAUGAACAAAUGGACGGCACCAUAGAGCGUUGAGUGUAUGAGAGAGCCGCGCUCUCUAAUAAUGUGACCGAAUUCCGUGUCAGCGUCCGGCUGAUAGCCUGAGCGGGCCGCACCCGUUAAUAGUAGAGUCUACAUCCGUGACCGAUUCUCUCUAUGAGAAUGUGUCACUCCAAACAUGUCCUCUGUAUCCCACUCAGUAUCGGGCUGAGGUUGAGGGAGGGCCGCGCCCUCUAAUAACAAAUCAGUGUCCAGUUCUGUAUAUGAGAGGGGUUUGCUCUCUGUUCCUGAAAAUAAAAUAUCAUUCUCGGAUCGAGGUGAUGGAGGGCCGUACCCUCUUGUGAUCCAAACUAGACUCAGGGUGACCAACUGUAGGGGUACACCAAUUACUAACAUCAGCAUAAGACUGAGGUCUUUAGGUGGGUCUCUCCCCGACCACAAGACCUCUCUCUGAAUCGCUCACCUGAAAAGGAAUCAACUGGUAGUAAACCAGACCGAUGGCAGAUGGGAUAGUAUACAACCUCGGGCCGUGUCCAUUCUUAAUAACAGAAAGGGAUGGUGCGAAAAUGCAACCUUCAGAAACAAUGAUGGAAACUACCAACUGACCGCCCGGAUCCCGUGCGCACGCGCGGGGUCAAGGACUACCGUCGGUAGUCUGAGGAAAGCUGGAGACAUUCUCCGCAAUCCACGAGCGCCCAGGAGGUCGGAGGAGGUCAAGUCAGGCCUCUCGACGACCCGAGCGAUGGGAAAAGGAAGGCACAAAAACAAUAAGAAAUGUAGAUAAGGGUAAAUACGUAAAUUCUAACUCGGAUAGAAGGCAAAUAGCAGGCUGGAAGGCAAGUCAAGUAAGCCCCACUGAACAGGGCCAGGAGCUAACCUUACACAGGAAUUACUACUGAUAUCUAGAUGGAUAUCAGGAGGCAGUUAGAGGGUUAGUUGUUAAAGACAAGGAAACACUGUGUCCCCCUGUAGACGUCUGAGUACCGGUCCCUGCCUGUGCGAAGUUCUCCUUGGAGACGUGCCGUUGCCGGGCUGGUGUAAACCGUGGAUGCAUGCCCGGGGUCUUCAUAAGAAACCUUGCCCUUCAGGCAUGAGGUUUAGGGCCUUCACCCUUCCCACCAUACUCAGGUGGCCGUAUACUGGCGUCCUCUUGGAUAGUAUGGCAACGGUGCUUGCCUGGACACCUUGCUAUCUCCAUGUCACUAGUGGGUACUGGGUUUUCCUCAGUGAUAUUCCCACAGGCCUGCAGCCAAAAGGGGGUAGGCACCGAUAGAGCAGGCCAGCAGGCCAAACGAAUGGGCACAGAAUAGUUGGCCAAUCAAAUAGGCACAGACAUAGCAGGCCAGUCAAUGGGGCACAGACAUAGCAGGCCAGUCAAUGGGGCACAGACAUAGCAGGCCAGUCAAUGGGGCACAGACAUAGCAGGCCAAUCAAUGGGGCACAGACAUAGCAGGAAAAUCAAAGGGGCACAGACAGAGCAGGACCGUGAUAGCGUUCCGACAGCCGUAGGGCCCACCUGCGUGUGUAGAGGCCACUAUAUAUAUAUAUAUAUAUGUGCGUAAUGAAACAGGGAAACCUUGGGUUAAAUAAUUUCAAUAUGUAAAACCCAUUAGCAGGGUAGUAAUGUGAUUAUAACAGUAUUUUUACAUAAUACCUCUGGAUUAAGUUGCUAUAAUGUCUCCAGUCUAAUAUCACAGAUGUUACAGCUACUAGUGAUGAAGUGCUAUACCACUAUACAGGGAACUGGCAGACUUAAAUGUUUGGCCAAAGGCAGAAAACCAAACUGCAGGCAUCUCAGAGCAGUACAGGGUGUACUGCCUAAAGCAUAUUCUCCAGCCCAGAAAAAUAUUUAUAUAAAAUUAUAUAAAUGUGGAGUCAUCUUGGGUUAUAGAUUAACCCUGAGCAGAGUGAAUGGCACUCAUCUGAUAUAAAAAAACUCAGUCCGUGAUCGGAAUCCGGCCUUGAUUGACAGAGGGGAGGAAAGCCCCUCAAAGAGACCUCCAACCAGUUAGGAACAGACGGGGGGAGGGGCUGCGAGCGGUCGCACCCUCCCCCGCCCGGUCACGGCGGUCCACGGGCGGAGGCGGCCACGUGGGAAAGGAGAUCCGGCCGCCGGGUGCUCAUCUCGAGCUCCCAUGCGACCGGAAAAAACACACACAGGACCGCCGAAGAUGAACUCUGCGGUCCCGGAGCUCGGGGAUCGAAGGAGGCAAAUGCACUCAGCCUCCUGAAGCCCCCAAGCGGCGCACACAGACACCGCCAGACAUAAGGACAAAGGCGGAACAAAAAAAUAUAACAACGAGCAUACACAAAGUUGGGAGACCGACAGGGGGGACAAGGCCAAGGGGAUAGAGGGGACAGGAGGACCCCAAAGACCCCCCAGAAAUCCAAACUAAAUAUGUAUAUAACAGUGAUAGCCUGAAGUUUCAAGUAAAAAUAAAGUCCCACAGGGGUUUUAACAAAACUGCAUGUGUAAGGAAUAUUUACACAUGGCCAAGGUAAUACUGCAUAUAAAAUGAAUCCCACAAGGCCUAAAUAAAAAAUUCUGAAAAGAUAUUCAAUAUAUAAGCAUAAAAAUCCCACAAGGGAAAAUAAAAUACUGAAUAUGAAGAAAUAAAUCCCACAAGGAACAUAACAAUAUUGUAUUAUAAAAAUAAAAUCCUCAAGGAUUAUAGCAAAACUGCAUUACAAGAAUAAAAUCCACAAGGAUUCUAACAGUACUGCAUUAUAAAAAUAAAAUCCCACAUGGACUAUAACAAUACUGCAUUUAUAAGGCUAAAAUACUUAAUAUAAGCAAUAAAAUCCCAAAGCCACCCACUAUAAGCAGGAGGCAGUGGUAGUCUGACCUGUACUGACUGCGGAGCAGCAAAGAAAGAGGAAAUGAUGCAUGGGGAGGGGAGUUUUAUAGUAACUAACUUUUUUCUGAUUGGUUGUUUUUCUGUGCUGCUAUGGAGUUCUAGUAAAGAGAGACUAAAGCAAAUACUCGCCUCCUAUCAUGUUAUAAAAUUAAAUUCUCUGCACUUUCUCCCUGUGUUGUCAGGCAUGUCAAUCAAAUUUUAAUUAAUCAAAUCACAUAAUUAUGUUAAAAGAUUACUCAAAUAUACAAGUAGAAUUUUAAUAUAUAUGCAUUUAUAGGUAUUUAAAUUCUACGUGUAUACUAAUGUAAUCUUUUAUGUAAUUAUAUGUAUAUCUAUAUAUAUAUAUAUUUGCGGUUCUUUGUAUUUUAUAUAUAGAUAGAUAUAUAUAGAAUGUCAUUCUAAGUGUAUUUUGUUACCAAUAUAUAUAUAUUAAUAACAAAAUACAGUUAGAAUGACAUUACAUAUGAAUAUAUAAUUUAUAUUACAUUUUGUUUCAAUAUUUUAUUUAUUUAUUAUCGUAAUUAUAUGUAUAUAUAUAUAAUAUAUGUGUAUAUAUCUAUUAUAUAUAUAUAGUAUAUAUACAUAUAUAUAUGUAACGUCAUUCUAAUUGUAUUUUAAUACUAAUAUAUGUACUUAUAUUAAUAUUAAAAUACACUUUGUAUGACGUUACAUAUAUAUAUAUAUAUUAUAUAUAUAAUAGAUAUACAUAUAUUAUAUAUAUAAAAAUACAUUUAUUUUAUUUUAAACAUGUUUAUUUUUUUUUUACUUUCCCACCUGCAGGGGGACUGUCUGACAUUUUAGACAGUCCCCCUGCUGGCAGAUCCACAGCCAGCUAUAGGGGGCCAUGUGAUGGCUCUUUGAGAGCGAGGCCUCAUUUGCCGGGAGAGGGCUGGGCUGUCAGACAGCCCUCCAGAAGAGGAUCGCGGCGGAGGUAAGUCCACCGGACCUCCAGGGGCUCAAAGCUGUUACGGCGUUCUAUGCCGCCGCAACGGCUUUAAAGCCCUUUUAAUGCGAGACGGCAUAGAACGCCGUAACGGCGUUAAGGGCUUAACUUUAUAAAGUUUCAUUAGAAAACAAAAUUAGCUUUACUAGUGAGAUCCUUGAGGCUGAUGCUGCGAGACUAAAUAUUUUAUAUCUGGUUUGAUUUUUGUAAGGAACAAACGAAGGUCUCCUCUUUCGGUGAUAUUCAGACAGUUUCUCUGUUUGCUCAUAAUAUGAUUAACAGCACUAAAGCCUGAUUCUACAAGAUAUGUGGUAGGGAAAAGUAUCAAUAAGUUGAACAUCAUUUUCCACAUAUUUAGAUAUAACGCAGGCAUUUUUUUAUUUUGCCAGAGUUUUUUGUAUCCAUCACUGCCAAAAUUACAUUUACUCUCUUCGUCAUAUUUAAGUUUUAAUAGUUCUUCUUGGCAAGUUAUAUCAACCUCAGCAACAUUUGCUGUAAAAGGAUGUAUCAUCCAGUCAUGCACCUUUAAGUUCAAAAUAUCUUGAAAUCGUUUUUCCAUAUCCAAUUUGAGUUCCUUGAGGUGGCUACUGAACCUUUCAAUAUCCCCCGGAGUUACAUCAUUGUUUAUAGAGGACAAUUCAGGAAACAUAAAAUUCUCUCUUGAAAAUAUUAUGAGGGAGAAGAUCAAGCUUUUCGAUAAAUAAUGACACAAUAUUUUUGCAGCUUAUAAGAGUUAUAUUGACUCCUUGAAGCUGCAAAUUAAUUUCAUUAACUCUCUUGAAAAUGUCUGCCAAAUAAAAGGCAUCAUUCUUUAAGUUUUUUAACUGUUCAUAGAGACCAGCCUCAUUAUCACUUUCAAAAAACUGUACAACACUAUCAAAUAAUGCAACAAAAUGAGACAAGCAUGUACCCUUUGAGAGCCAUCGAACUUCUGUAUGUAAAUGUAACCUAAUAAAAUGCUCGUUAUUGUCCUGGCACAGCUGUCAAAACAUUCUAUCAUACUUGGCAUUAGAUUUUAUCUUAUUUACAGCUUUAAUUAUUAUACUUAAUGAUGAAUGGAGACUUGUACUUAAAUGUUUUCCUACAAUAUGUUGUCUGUGCACAACGCAAUGAAUACACAAAAAUAAACUUCUUCCUUCAAGUAAGCAACAAACCCAUGAUAGCGGCCUACCAUUGAUGGUGCUCCAUCAGUAGCGCAUGCAACAAUAUUGUUCAAGGGUAUAUUAUUUUUUGCAAAGUAUGAUUUCACAGCAUUAAAUAUUGAUAAUCCUUUUGUAUCUGUAAUCAGAUUGACAGUGAAUAGCAUUUCUUCUUGCAAUGUAUUAUUUUCAUCAAGGUACCGUACAUAUGUCAUCAGUAAAGCAUUAUUAUCUGCAAUGACAGACUCAUCCAAUUGUAUGGAAAAUUAAGAAUUUUGGAGAAUACCUAUAAGUUUAUUUUCAACAUUAGCCGCCAUUUCGUCAAUGCAUCUCUUUACUGUGUUAUUGCUAAGGGGCAAUGUUUUUUUUUUUUCCAAUAUAUUUUUUAUUGAAAUUUCGUCAUCAAUGAUACAGUUUGAACCAUUGAUACAAUUGAGAGUAGUACAUCAAGGUAGUACAAAUAACAGGUACAACAUUAACGUUGGGGUACGGUUGGGAGUAUGUACAGUUAGGUAACAUAUAGCGGUCUGUAUAGUCGGUUAAACAAUCAUUGCUCAUAUCGCCAGCCCAACAUCUGGUCAGCCCGUGUUCACCUGGUGGUGGGUACUGGUAUGCUUCCCUAUGCUCUAUCUUAGUUUACACAUAUGGUUACUGGUGGCGGUUAUAGGGUGAUAGAGGAUGUCCCUGACCUUGCAGUUCCACCUUACUUAUGCCGGUUGUAUAGUUCUAUCCAUGGUGACCAUGUUGUGUUAAACCUCUGUGCCGUUUUGGCGUCAGGAGCGGCCAUUUUUUCGUAGAUGUAGAAUUGGUGUAUUUUGUCCCGCAGUUGGGUUUUGUUUGGGCAAGUUGUGGAUUUCCAGUGGAGGGCCAGUAGGCUGCGGGCUGCUAGGGCGAUAAUGGCACACAGCUGUUUGUGCGAGUUUCGGAGUGUCGGGGGAAAUCUCAGGAGUAAAUAUAUGUCGGGUGUCUUUUGGGUAUCUGGGAUUUGGAGUGCUCUGAUCGUAUUGUGUACCUCUGUCCAUAGGGGCUGGAUGUUGGGGCACUCCCACCAGACAUGUAUAAGUGUGCCCUCCUCUGCGGAGCAUCUCCAACAUAGAGGAGUCGUGUUUGGGUAUAUUUUGUGGAGUUUGUGUGGGGUUAGGUACCAUCUGUACAUGAGUUUUCUGUGUGCUUCUAUAUGUGUGUAGCAUUUUGUCCAUUUAGAUAGGCCGUUUAGUACAUGUAGCCAGUCUUCGUCUGUGAGUUGGAUGGCACAGUCUAGUUCCCAUUGAGUUUUGCAGCGUGGUGGUAUUUUAGGUAUGGUGUCUUCCCACGCUUUAUAGCAUAGGGAAAUGGUUUUUGGUUUUGUGGGGUGUUUCCAGCACCUUUCUAUGAUUGCCUUUGUUGGUAAGGAUAUUUGAGCAUGGGUUGAAUGUUGGUUGCUUACAUGUGUGGUAAUGAUUCCCUUAAGUUGUAGGUAGGUAAAGAACGCGUCAUUGGGAAGUUCCCAUUUGUGUUGUAUGUCGGGGAAUGUCAUCAUUGUUUGGGAUGUAAGUAAUUGGUGUAUGUGUGUUAUUCCAGCCAACGACCACUUGUGUAAGCGUAUGUCUGGCGUGAUGGCCCUUAGGGCCAUCAAUGGUGCCUCUGCCUGGAAUUUAUUUUUGUCCCCUACUUUUUCUAGAAAUGUUGUCCAUAUUUGGAUAGUAUGUUUUGUUGUGGGUAAUAGAUCAGAUCUUAACGACCUCAAUUUUCUUGGUGUCCACAAGUGUGCUAGUGCCAAGUUGUUGCUGAACUGGGCUUUUUCCAUGUCCACCCAUUGUAUGAUCCCCUCAGUAGUGUGGAGCAGUAUCCCUGUUGCUAAAGCGGAUGCCUUAUAGUACAGAUCUAUGUUGGGUAACCCAACUCCACCAUGUUUUGAGUGUUGGUAUAGUAUCGCACUUGCGACGCGUUGCUUUUUGUGUUCCCAUAUGAAUGCGUUGCAUAUGGAUUGUAGUGUUCUUAUCAGUGUUUUUGGUGCUUGUAGAGGGAGCAUUCUGAAUAUAUACAGUAUUUUUGGGAGUAUCACCAUUUUAUACGCAUUUAUUCUGUCUAGCCAGGAGAUGUGUGUUUGCGACCAUUUGUGUGUUUCAUUCUUGCAUUGAUGUGGGAGUGUGAGAUAAUUUGCUUUUAAUACUCCUGCUAUGGUGGGUGCAAUUUUUAUGCCAAGGUAAGUGAGUGAGGUCGUCCUCCAAUCGAAGAGGUAUUUGUCUUUGAGCACAGCUGUGGUGGAGGAGGGGAGUUUGAUGGGUAGUGCUUGCGUUUUGUCUUGGUUUAGACGGUAGUGUGAUAUGUCCCCGAACCUUUCCAAGGUCUCCAACAGGUGGGGUACUGAUGUUUGAGGGUUUUCUAGUGUGAUUAAGAUAUCGUCUGCAAAUAGCGCUAGUUUGUAUUCCUUGCCUAAGAUUUUGACGCCUUGUAUGCGUUCGUUAUUUCUUAUUUUUUGAGCUAGCGGUUCGAGGGAUAGUAUAUAUAGUAGGGGGGAUAGGUGGCAUCCCUGUCGUGUCCCAUUGGAUAUAUGGAAGGUGGCUGAGAGGAAGCCACCAUGGGCCACCUUGGCCGCCGGUUUCACAUAUAGCGCCAUGAUCCCUUUGAUAAAUUCGUCUGGGAUGCCGAAUCUUUGUAAUACUUUCUGCAUAUAGGCCCAAUUGAGUCGGUCGAAGGCCUUCUCCGCAUCAAGUGCCAGCAGGAGGCCUCCAACCGACCCCCUCUCCAUGGUAGCUAGUAUGUUAAGAAUUUUUCGCGUGUUAUCGGAGCCUUGUCUCCCCUUGACGAACCCUGAUUGAUCGUUGUGUAUUAGUUCGCUUAUUAUGACCGUGAGCCUGUUACUUAGUAUUUUCGCAUAUAAUUUGGCAUCCCCAUUUAGAAGGGAGAUUGGUCUGAAGUUUUUGCAGGUGGUGGGUGGUUUGCCUGGUUUGGGUAAUGUCGAGAUGUGAGCUAACAGUAGUUCCUCUGGUAAGGCUCCCGUGUCUAAACUGUGUUGGUAUAGGUUUAGGAGGUGGGGGAGUAGUAGUUUGGAGAAUUCUUUAUAAUAUUUAUUUGGUAGACCAUCUGGUCCUGGGGAUUUGUGUGAUGGUAAGUCAGCUAUGGCUUUAGAUUUUUUAUAUCGGUUGUUUGAGUUGUUGUGCUUUAUCUGAUGACAGGGAUGGGAGGUGAACAGUUGCUAAAAAAUUGUCAAUAUCUGUAAGUGUAGGGACUUUCGUUCCCCCAUCUUCACUCAGGUUAUACAGUUUGUGAUAAUAUGUGGAGAAUUCGUUUACAAUUUUGUUCGGAUCACUGACUUUCUGACCAGUAUUUGUGUUUAGGAAGGCAAUCCUGGAGGCGGCUGAUCUUUGUUUGAGCUGUGAGGCUAGUUUUGCUCCUGCUCUGUUGCCAUAGGCAAAGUACCUGUGUUUGUAUUUUUGUAGCAGGUAUGUGGUUUUGGCCAGUUCAAAGUUUUGUAAUUUAGUGUGAGCUUGCAGGAGAGCUGUUUUGGUCGUGGUUGAUGGUGAGCAUUUGUUUCUAUGUGUUAGUGCCGUUAUUUCUUGGAUGAUUUCUAGGUAUUGAGCUUGGCGUACUUUUUUGGCUUGACUUGCGUGUUUUAUAAAGCUGCCCCUGAUCACCGCUUUGUGUGCUAACCAUACAGAGUUUGGCGAUGUUUCGGAGCGAACAUUUUCUGUGAAGUAGUUUUGGAGGUCUGUUCUGAUUUGGGAUACUAUGAUUGGAUCUUGGAGUAGGGAUUCGUUUAGUCUCCAGGCGGUUUGGCCAGGGGAGGGGUAUUGCUCAGAUAUGGUCAGAGUAAUGGGGGCAUGGUCUGACCAUGAUAUGAUACCAAUUUCUGCACUUAUCAUUCUCUCUAGUGAUGUGUUCUUUAUUAAAAAUCUGUCAAUUCUGGAAUAACUAUUGUGUGCAGCGGUAUAGCAUGUGUAAUCGAUUUCAGCUGGGUGGGAAAUUCUCCAUGGGUCUACAAAGUUAUGUGUCGUUAGUAUUCUGCGGAUGUUGGAUGUUUGUGUGUGUCUCUGUUUUGAAGUGGAUAUGGUUACCGUUCUCGCGGCUGAGGAGUCCAUAUUGAUGUCUAGGAGAAAGUUAGUGUCGCCUCCAAUGAUUACCUCCCCAAAGCUGUACAUUGACAGGAGAGAGAACAUGUUAGCUAUAAAUACUUGUUGGUUUUCAUUAGGGCAAUAGACAUUUAUCAAUGUAUACGGUUGAUUGUUCAUACGACAUUGUAAGAUAAGGUAUCUACCCUUUUUGUCACUUAUUUUUCGUACAAGUUCAAAAACAACAUUCUUAUUGAUUAGUAUCGAUACACCUCUUUUUUUUUUGUGGUAGCACGUGUGGUAGUCUACUGGGAACCAGGCAGAGUUGAACCUGGGUUUGGAUCCCCACUGAAAGUGGGUUUCCUGAAAAAAUGCCACCUGUGCUCCUUGUUUCUUGGCCUCCUGGAGGGCCAAUCUACGUUUGUUAGGCGAAUUUAAGCCUUUGGUGUUUAGCGAGAGAAAUUUUAGUGGCAUGGUACAGUUUUCUUUACGUGUUAUGGUUUGAUCACCGACUAGUUCAGUUGGUGUGGUGGGACAAGCACCGGUUUGUUGGGAUGUUACCUAAACUGUGGGAUGGUGACCUGACGGUCAAUCGAGGGGGAUUGGGGGGAAAGUGAACUAUGUACAGUUGCCCGUCAGCCUCUCCGGCCUAGUGCAAAGGUUUGCAGACGGGUACGUGGGGGCCUACCUAGUAAGCCUUACGUGGGGGUCGGUGGUUUUUAAGUAAGUAAGUUGUGAUAGCCAGUGUCCACCUCGUAUAGAAGGCGGAGAUUAGGGAAGAAGAGGUAAAGAGAAAGGAGAAAAGUAAAAAGAAAAAUUACAAAUAAUAAAAAUAGAAACAUAUAAAAAGGAAGCAGGUAUAAAGCUAAAACAGCAGUUAUACAGUUAGCAGUGGUCUAGCGCCCACCGUGGGCUUUUUUUUUUUUUUUUUUGUCAUUAUUGCUUCAGAGAUGUGCCAUACCUCAGCACCUUCUUAUAUACAUUCAACCUGUUAAACAUGAAACCAGAUUAAGUAGUAAAGUUACGUGUCCAUGUGCGCAGAUGGAGAGGGUUUAGGGAUGAGGAUUUCUUCGGCUUUGAGGGGUCGUCGUGAUCCAUGGAACAUGUUGCCAGUCUCUCGUCACUUUACGGGGUGGUGGCAUGUCCGAAUUUCUUGGGUCAGUUGUUGGGACAGGAACGUUCCAUUCACCCAGAAUUUUCCUUCCUUCUUCUGGUGUCAGAAUUGCUCGAUCUAUUCCAUUUCUCUUGAUGAUUAGUUUUGUAGGGAAUCCCCAUUUAUACAAUAUGUUUGCGUUUCGGAGAGCCGUUGUUAUAGGUGCAAAUGAUCUUCUUUUAAACAUGGUGGCCGCUGAUAGGUCUAUGAACAAUUUAAGGUCCGUGUAUCCGUCCGGAAGGGGUAUAUUCAGCCUGGAGGCCUGCAUUAUUUGAUCUUUGGCCGAGAAGUAGUGGAUUCUAGUGAUAACAUCUCGGGGAAUGGUAGCUGCCAGAUAUCGUGGUUUGGGCAGUCUGUGCGUUCUGUCAAGUCUUAGGUCGGCUUCAGUUAGCGUUGGGACCAUAGAUUUAAACAGCUUCUGUACAUAUUGUGGGAGGUCUUGUGGUCCCACAUUUUCAGAUAUUCCACGGAUCCUAAUGUUGUUCCUUCUAUCUCGGUCCUCAUUAUCUGCAAUCUUCCCCUCUAAGUAUUUGACCUUAUUUUCCAGCGCUACAUGCGCCUCUGCUAAGUCAUUGUGUGCUUCCAACAGGCCCUCUGUUUUUUCUUCCAAAUGCGCUGUCCUGUCCCCCAGUGCCUGGAUGUCAGUUCUUAUAUCAGAUGCCAUUUUUUGUAUAUCAGAGCAUAGGGCUUAUUGAUGCAUCUAGCAUUGUGCUUAUUGAUGCAUCUGUGGCAGGAGUCAUAUCUGUGCUUUGAAAGCUGUUUUGGCUGUCUCCUACCUCAGGUUCCAGUAUGGGGGAUCCUGUGUCUCUGACGCCCAGGGCCGGCCUUAGGGGUGUGCGAGCUGUGCGGCCGCACAGGGCGCCAUGGCAGCAGGGGGCGCCCUAUGGCUGACAGCUUGCACACCCCCUGCCCUCUACCAGGGCUUAGCAGCGAAAGAGACUGUAGGAGGCGGAGCCAAGCUGCCGAUGGGGGCGGAGCCAAGUGGUCGGCGGGGGCGGAGCUAACCGAGGCCUGAAUCUGCUGCCUGGUAAGUGAGACCAUAGUGCCCCUGCUCCCCCUAUAGUACCCCUGUUCCCCAUCUAUCCCUAUAGUGCCCCCCUCUUCCCCUAUAGUAAUCCUGUUCCCCAUCUAUCUCUAUAGUGCCCCCCCUCUACCCCUAUAGUAACCCUGUUCCCCAUCUAUCCCUAUAGUGCCCCCCUCUUCCCCUAUAGUGCACCCUCUACCCCUAUAGUACCCCUGUUCCCCAUCUAUCCCUAUAGUGCCCCCCUCUUCCCCUAUAGUGCCCCCUCUUCCCUAUCGUAACCCUGUUCCCCAUCUAUCCCUAUAGUGCCCCCCUCUACCCCUAUAGUAACCCUGUUCCCCAUCUAUCCCUAUAGUGCCCCCCUCUUCCCCUAUAGUACCCCUGUUCCCCAUCUAUCCCAAUAGUGCCACCCUCUUCCCCUAUAGUAAUCCUGUUCCCCAUCUAUCUCUAUAGUGCCCCCCUCUUCCCCUAUAGUAAUCCUGUUCCCCAUCUAUCUCUAUAGUGCCCCCCUCUACCCCUAUAGUAACCCUGUUCCCCAUCUAUCCCUAUAGGGCCCCCCUCUACCCCUAUAGUAACCCUGUUCCCCCUCUACCACUAAAGUGACCCCCCUCUACCCCUAUAGUACCCCUGUUCCCUAUAGUGCCCCCUCUACCCCUAUAGUACCCCUGUUCCCCAUAUAUACCUAUAGUGCCCCCUCUACCCCUAUAGUGCCCCCAUCUACACCUAUAGUGCCCCUGCUCCCCUUAUAGUACCCCUGUUCCCCAUCUAUCCCUAUAGUGCCCCCAUCUACACCUAUAGUGCCCCUGCUCCCCUUAUAGUACCCCUGUUCCCAUCUAUCCCUACAGUGCCCCUGCUCCCACUAUAGUACCCCUGUUCCCCAUCUAUCCCUAUAGUGCCCCCAUCUACACCUAUAGUACCCCUGUUCCCAUCUAUCCCUACAGUGCCCCUGCUCCCACUAUAGUACCCCUGUUCCCCCUCUACCCCUAUAGUGCCCCUGCUCCCCCUAUAGUACACCUGUUCCCCAUCUAUCCCUAUAGUGCCCCCCUCUACCCCUAUAGUGCCCCCUCUACUCCUAUAGUGCCCCCUCUACUCCUAUAGUACCCAUGUUCCCCAUCUAUCUCUAUAGUUCCCCCUAUCUACCUCUAUAGUGCCCCUGCUCCUCGAUCUACCACUAUAGCACCCCUGCUCCCCAUCUACCCCUAUAGUGCUUCCCCAUUUACCCCUAUAGUGUACCUGAUCCCUCCAUCUACCCCUAUAGUGCCCAUGCUCCUUAUCCAUCCCUAUUGUGCCCAUGCUCCCCCUAUAUUGCCAUUGUUCCCUGUCUACCCUAGUGACACUGCUCCCCUUAUCUACUGCUAUAGUGCAUUGCUCCCACAUCUACCCCAGUGCCCCUGCUCCCCCUAUCUACUGCUAUAGUGAACAAAAAUCACACACGGUCAAUACACACACAUAUCAGACACAGUCAAUACACCCAUUACAAAUAUGGCACACAGAGAACACAUCACACAAUCACGUCUGACACACACAUGAUAAAUGUAGCUGUCUUCCGAGUUCCGGCCAAUCAGAACGUUGCCGCGGAUUACCACAGGAAAGCUCUGAUCACCAGAGAUCAGCAUGCCCUCCCUCCAUGCAAGGUAAUGACAGGGAAGAGGUGAUAAAUAUUUGUUAAUUGUUAAAUUUUCAUUUAAUAAAUCCCCUAUACACAUGGAUGGCGCGGGGGGGGGCGCUGUUAAGAUUUUUCGCACAGGGCGCCUGAAGGCCUAAGGCCGGCCCUGCUGACGUUCAUCUUGGAUUUGCAGAGGGGUUGCUUGCUGCACAUUCAGGUGCGAUUCGAUCGUUUUUUGUUUCAUUUUUUUCGAUAUUUUUGUUGUCAUCUUGUUCUGAGUAGUGGUAGUGCCUGGUAGGGCCGUUUUUGGUGGCUGGUGUGCUGGGAUAUCACGCUGUUAAGCCCACGGUGUGACGGAGCUCACCGCUUAUGCGACCUCUUCCAUGCGGUCCGAAGCCACGCCCCUCAGGGGCAAUGUUUUUAAAACUUCAGGUAUAUUCUGAUGCAUUACUGUUGAGAUAAAUUCUUUGAUAGAGGGUAUUAUCAAAGUUUCUCCAAUAUUAUGGCUUUUACCACUUUUUGCAUAAAGUGUGAUAUACGAUAAGCUGCAGUUAAUCCAUCCUUAUUCUUUGCAUGUUGUUUUUGAAAUGAUGUAGCUAUUGUUGAACGAUUUUGAAAUCUUUUAUAGAUUUCUUGAAAAUAUUCAAUGGGCUUAUCUUUAUCUUGCGAAUGCUUUGUAGCAAGAUGUUCUCACAAUCGACUUGGCUUCAUUGCUUCAUUAGAUAAUGUCUUGUGGCACAGUAAACACAUUGGAAGCUGUUUAUUUGUAACAGAUUCAAUGAAACCCAUCUUCAGAUACUCUGGUAAAUACCCACGAGCAUAUUUCUUUUUUUCAGACAUGGGUUCUAAAUUUGUUUCACAAUUUAACAACUACUUUUAUUCUUACGUUUUGAUCUGCACUCCACACAGCGCUUUUUUCCCUCCUUUUUUCCUUUUUAUUACAAACACCAAAAACAAUGCUGUAUUAGGUGCCAAUUUUUAUUAAGUGUCACCAUCAAAAGAAAUUCCUUUUCCUGCCUUCUAUUGCUUUAACUUCUUUAUGGUAUAUCACUAUAUCAAGGAUCUCUUUUUCCCUUUUUUUUUUUCUCCUUCUCCUUCCUUUACUUAUUUUUUUCUUUUAUUUUAUAAGAUAAAAAACUUAAUUUAUGAGCCAGACUAAACACUGCUUACUCUCCUCCUUUAUUUUAUCUAAUUUUCUCCAUUUUUUUUAUCUUUUCCUUUUUAUCUCCUUUCUUUUACCUUCCUUAGGUACAAAAGUAAAGCUGAGCUAGUUAGUCCACUUAUUAUUAUCAGCCAACAACAAUUCUCUCUUUCCCCUGCCUAUAACUUUUCUUUCUCCUAUUUUGCAACUGCUCUGCUCCGUUUCUGCCUGCUUCUGCCUAUCCCUGCUAUCAGUUUCCACUCCUCUCCUUCCUCUUCCCACAUGUUUGCGUGCAUGCGUGCGUUAGUUCAUUGAUGUGUGCGCUCACGCCCGCCCACUCGCACAAAAGGAGGUUUUAACCUCCGAAAUCCCUACCGCACGCAUUCUCACGCACGUUGGUUGAUUGAUGUGUGCGCUCGUGCCCGCCCGCCCACUCGCACAAAAGGGGGUUUUAACCUCCGAAAUCCCUACCGCACACAUUCUCGCGCACAUUGGUUUAUUGAUGUGUGAGCUCGCACGCUUCUGCCCGCUCAAAAGGCGGUUUUAACCUCCGAAGUCCCUACCGCCCACCUGGAAUCCUGAAACGCCCACUAGUGGGCGGUAGGGACCAGGUUGACGACCCAUGCUCUAGUGAAUAAUCCUGUAAUGGUUAGUUUUCAAACACUGUCUGACCAAAGCUGUAUGCAUAUGGCUGAAGGAUUUUGUCAUAUACUAAAGGUAGGGAUUUUUAUUUUAUUUACAAAUACCUCAUUAAAAAAAAUCUAUUUCCUUUCAAAACUUGAUAAAUGGAUUAUCAUAUUACAAAAUAGUUUUGAGGUGACAGGUGACUUUUAAAUGAGGGAGUCUCGUCUCUCAGGAACUUACAAGGUUGGGAUGCAAUAAACAUUUUGCAAAAAAACAAGCAAAACCGUUAAAUCUAAAACAAAAGAAAAACCAACUUGUUAGCUAUCUGAUAUACUAGCAUACCCAAUAUAGUUCAAAAACACUUUAAUGUAACUAUCACUGGCAAUUCUUUGUGAAGACAUUUUUCUUUUGUUUUUCGCAGGUAAAAUUCUGGUUUUCUGCCCAAAAGGUGUCAGCCGAGCAGCAGUGUUUGUACUUGCUUACUUGAUGUUGCACCAGAACAUGAAGCUCAAAGAUGCCGUCAGUUCAAUUAUCCGUCAUCGUAGUAUCAGUCCUAACAGUGGCUUCUUGAAUCAGCUCCUUGAUCUAGAAAAGGAGCUUGCUCGUCAGAGGACCUGUCAAAAUGCCUCAUGUAGAGAAGGAACUUGCACCCCAGAGUGCCUGUCAAAGCGCCUUACUUAGCC